GACUGACCUGCUAGAGACAGCCAGAGACACCAACUGAUCGCUAUUGUUAGCGUCGUCUCUUUUUCUUUCCGCCGAACGUGUCUUAGGACUUGUCUGCCGAAUUACACUAACAGAAUUACAAACUACUACUAAAUAUGCCACGAGAAAUCAAAGAGAUUAAGGACUUUCUUCUGAAAGCCAGGAGGAAAGAUGCAAAGUCUGUGAAAAUUAAGAAAAAUGCUGAUAAUGUCAAGUUUAAAGUUCGCUGCUCCAGAUUUUUAUACACUCUUGUCAUUACCGAUAAGGAGAAGGCUGAGAAGCUGAAGCAAUCGUUACCACCAGGUUUACAAGUAAAGGAAGUAAAGAGGAGCGAACGUGUAUAAAAUGAAUAAUUAAACUAUCUUCUUAAACACUA